AUGUCUUCCAACGAGCUCGCCCCGAGCUUCGCGCCUUUCUUUGGCAUGAGCGGAAUCGCGUUUGCAAUGAUCUUUGGAUGCGCCGGAGCUGCCUAUGGCACCGCCAAAGCUGGCAUCGGCAUUGCUGGUAUCGGAACAUACAGGCCAGACCUGAUCAUGAAGUCGCUCAUUCCCAUUGUCAUGUCGGGUAUCUUGGCCGUCUACUCACUAGUCAUAUCCGUCCUCAUCGCCAGCGACAUCAAGCCCCCGCCCAACAACACGUACUCGCUGUAUGCUGGAUUCAUGCACAUGGCUGCGGGAUUGUCAGUUGGUCUGUCGGGUCUGGCUGCAGGAUACGCCAUCGGAAUUGUGGGCGACGCUGGCGUGCGCUCCUUUAUGAGCCAAUCGCGAAUCUUUGUCGGCAUGGUGCUCAUUCUCAUCUUCGCAGAAGUCUUGGGUCUUUACGGACUGAUUGUUGCCCUCAUUCUCAACACGCGGGCAAGCGGCUGA